AUAUGGCGUACAAACAUGUUGUAAGAAAUCCAAGAUUGCAAGCAAGAAUAUUUCUACCAGAAUGGUUCAUGAAAGUUGUUCGCCCUACAAAAGCUGUUCCUGAUAACUUGGCAAUAUUUCAUGUUCCGAUGGAAAUGUCUCGCUUUGAUGUUAAGAAUUACUUAGAAAGCAUUUAUAAAAUAAACGUGGCAAAGGUUAACAUUAGAAUACAGACAGGCAAAGCUCAACGAGUGAUGAUGAAAAAUGGGGCUGUAAAGUUACAACAACAUCCUGAUGUAAAGAUUGCUUAUGUGACUAUGACGGACACCAAGUUCACAUUUCCCGACAUGUUUGUCAAGUCAGAAAAGAAAUCACCUCUUCAAGUUGAGCCCACCGAAAGCAAGCCAGAGGAGUUUAGAUGGUUCUAGUCAGCUACUGACUAUAUAUGUAUAUUCAUAUGCUAUGUCGGGCAUAGAUCAGUCCAUCUUGAGUCUCAAAUUAGUCAAGCCCUUUCCUGCAUCAAGUCCAAAAUGACAAACCAUACACACCUUCAUUGGUCUGUUCAAAUGAUUUACAAAAUUAUGAUGCAAAUGUUGCUCAACUAUCUUUAAAAUAAUUCAUAUUUUUUCGAAUUGAAAAUGACCACACUGCCAAUUAUAAUUAAACUUAUAUUUAAAGAGUGUAGCGUUUACAUUGUUUCAACACAGAACUAAAUUAUGCUACAUUAUGAAGUAGAAUUUUGCAAAUAUGUUUAGUUUAUUUUUAAUAUGUGUGGCUGUGUUUAAUUUGAAGAGAUAUUACAAACAUGAGGCUUUAAUGCUAAAAUCGUGCAAUGUAGAGAUCACACUAUUCAGCUAGAAACUCAAAAAUUACAGAGAUGAUGUAGCAUUUAAAUUCCUAUUUUAAA